AGUUCAGCUAAUCAAAUAGUUCAGUCUUUGACGAGCUGUCGAAGAAAGUACAACGACCGAUACAGUAUGGCAAACCGACUUACCUUAGUGGCCCUAUUGGCACUGGCGACAGUGGCUCUGGCCGAGCGUAAGCCAAUCAAGAUCGCACCCAUCGCGCACAAGAUUUUGGAGGCCUACCCGAUUCCUCAGGUUCCCGAGGGUUACAAGUCCACCAAUCCACACACCAUUGGACACAAGUUCCGUACCCGCGUGGAUCACUUCAACCCGCAAAACCGCGAUACCUUCGAAUUUGAGUAUUACUCCAACGAUGAGUUCUACCGGCCAGGAGGCCCGAUUUUCAUCUUCGUCGGUGGUAACUGGCCACUGGAUCAGUACUACAUUGAACAUGGACACUUCCAUGACAUCGCCAACUACGAAAACGCAUGGAUGUUUGCCAACGAGCACCGCUACUACGGACACAGCUUCCCAGUACCCAACCUCUCUGUAGAGAACCUUCAAUAUCUGACCGUUGAGCAGGCGAUGGUGGAUCUGGCCGAACUGAUCUACCACGUGCGUCACAACGUCGUUCGUGAUGACGAUGCACGAGUAAUUCUGCUGGGAACUGGCUACGCUGGAGCUAUUGCCACGUGGAUGCGUCAACGUUAUCCCCAUUUGGUUGAAGGUGCCUGGGUUUCCAGCGGACAGAUCGAGGCUCGUUUCAACUUCAAGGAGUACGCCAUGGAAAUCGGAGAACUUAUCCGAGAUUAUGGAACGAAUGAAUGCUACAGCCAGAUCUGGAGAGCUUUCCGUACGGCCGAGAACCUGAUGGACGCUGGGUUGGCUAACACCGUUACUGACUUGUUUAACACCUGUGAACGUGUCGACACGGAAACCAUGCUGGAUGUGGAAACCUUCUUCUACAACGUUAAGGAAGCUCUUCAACGCGCUAUUCUGUCCGAACAGGACACGGAAACGACGGAAGAACUGUGCGAAAACCUCAACAACAGUACCGAGGCUACCGACUUGCACACGAUCGCUAACUGGAUCGAGGACUUCUACUACUACUUGGACUGUAUGCCCUUCGACUUUGACACUACCGUUGCCGCGCACCAGUUCGAAGAAAUCGGUUAUCCAGAGAACGCCAUCUUGGGACUUCGCCAACGUGUCUACCAGUUCUGUACCGAAUUCGGCUGGUUCCUGACUGCGGAUUCUCCCGAUCAACCGUUCGGCUAUCGCGUCACCAUGUAUUUCUUCCUGAACUUCUGCAGAUCGGUAUUUGGCGAUUGGGUCACCAGUGAGGUGGUCGCCGAUGGAGUUCACUUGACCAACAUGCACUUUGGCGGUAAGAACCCCCGAAUCUCCAACGUUCUGUUCACCAACGGUGCUCUGGAUCCCGUUCGUGAUGUUGGCAUCACCGAGUACAAGCAGCCAUCUUCCGAUGCGAUCGUGAUCCCCGGCUACUUCAACAGCCCCGAUCUGAACUCGAUCAGUGGCUACAACUCUCCGGAACUGCUCGAAGCCAAGCAUUUGAUCCACAAGUACGUUGAGCUGUGGGUCUGGCAGAGAGCAAUUCCCUACAAGGGACAGUAAAUUCGUAGUCGAAUGGUAUAGAAAAAUUUAAUAAAGUUGUAGCUUGUGCUUAA